AUGCGAACGCCUUCUUACAACGAUGGCCAAGGUGCUGCUCAAAGCCACUCCCUGGGCAAGCCCACUGUAACCCGUGGAACCACCAACAUCGACCACAAGCCGGACAGUCCUCAUGAGCCUACCAAUGCUCAUAAGUCCAUUGACGUCGAAGAACCGGUGAAUGUACGGAUGCAGAAUCCACAUUAUGUCCCUGGGACCCCAUUAUUCGCACGCGACCCCUCCGCCCGACUUGUCGUCCAAGCCACUGCUGGGCGAGCCCACCAGGCAACUUUUCCCCAAAGCGUUGGAAGUAUGAACAACCUUAUUGGCAUAGGGUCUCAGUUCGAAUCAACUGAUACGAUCUCAGCGGAUAGCAUUUGGAUUUGUAAUAUUUUAGAUAGAACUUCCUACUUCAAACUAGGAUAG